ACUGAGGUGAGGAGUCGGUACGCCUGUGCAAGACUGAAGGGAAGGAGGCGGUACACCUGUGCAAGACUGAAGGGGAGGAGCCGGUACACCUGUGCAAGACUGAAGGGAAGGAGCCGGUACACCUGUGCAAGACUGAAGGGGAGGAGUCGGUACACCUGUGCAAGACUGAAGGGAAGGAGCCGGUACACCUGUGCAAGACUGAAGGGGAGGAGCCAGUACACCUGUGCAAGACUGAAGGGAAGGAGCCGAUACACCUGUGCAAGACUGAAGGGGAGGAGCCGGCACACCUGUGCAAGACUGAAGGGGAGGAGCCGGUACACCUGUGCAAGACUGAAGGGGAGGAGCCGGCACACCUGUGCAAGACUGAAGGGGAGGAGCCGGUACACCUGUGCAAGACUGAAGGGGAGGAGCCGGUACACCUGUGCAAGACUGAAGGGGAGGAGCCGGUACACCUGUGCAAGACUGAAGGGGAGGAGCCGGUACACCUGUGCAAGACUGAAGGGGAGGAGCCGGUACACCUGUGCAAGA